CGUGCCUAAUCUGCUUAAGGUGGUUCACUUGACUCCCACAACCACUAUCCCGGAUGGCUCGUGGCUCGACCUGCGUUCCCACAACCACUAUUCCGGAUGGCUCGACCUGCAUUCUUAACUCCAUCACUUCGGGUGGAUCGACCUGCGUUCUUAACUCCAUCACUUCGGAUGAAUCGACCUGCCUUGGCUCGUGACAAUUUUUGCCUCAACAUCUGCAAGCUGACAACAAAUAAAAUUUCCGUGCGGUCGGCACGGACCACGGAGGAAGCGGAGAAAGGUACCUUCGAUCUACUUACAGUCACCAAGAUGUACACGUCAGACCUCCAAGAAAUGGGGCUGUCCAUGAAAUUGAUACGGAGGAACGUUGCAGGCUCACAAAAUGAUCUUCGUGCGUUGCGAGUGUAUCAGGAUGCACUACAAGGUAGUGCGCCUUCUGGCCCUGAUGACACUGCCCGGCUCGAACGGGUGCUUAGGGAAAUGAACGAACUUAGACUCGCAAAGGCAAAGGAGGAGCUCUUUUGGGCUGAGCGCCAGGGACGUGUUGUUUCACCUAUCGUCGAUGAUGUUUCAGGUUUGAGUGAAGACGAAAAGGUUCAAGUUGGUAAUGUCCUGACAAACAUCACGAUGUACGGGGUCCAGGGUGCAGCGUGGAAUGCACUUAUUCUUCUUACAUUGUUCAUCACUCUCGUGACCUUUGUACUUCGGUAGAGACGGUCAGAUAGAAUUUAAUCUUUCAUAUCAUCAAACAAG